AUGUCUACUGCACAGCUCGCUCAUGCACCCAGAACACACAAGACAUCUAAGAAAACGGUUUUCCCAACCCAAAUCACUAACGAGCAACAGUCCUUGAUAAUGGUGAAGAAACUCUUUGCUACUUCUAUCUCCUGUAUAACCUAUCUAAGGGGCCUGUUUCCAGAGAGUUCUUAUGGAGAGCGCCAUUUGGACGCUGGACUGCACAUGGCUGUACUUACACUUUACACAAAUCCCAAGGAACCUGAGAAAGUGACUGAAAUAUAUCAGUUCAAAUUCAAAUACACAAAAUACGGAGCCACUAUGGAUUUUGACAGCAGUAAUACAAGUUUUGACAGUAGAGGAAGCAGUGAAGAUAUUAAGAGAGCCAGUAUCCUACUGAUCCGGAAAUUAUACAUACUGAUGCAGAACCUUGAACCCCUUCCUAACGAUGUGAUUCUUACCAUGAAACUCCAUUAUUAUAAUGCAGUGACUCCGCAUGAUUACCAACCCCCUGGCUUUAAAGAAGCCGUAAACUCACACUUCCUGCUGUUUGACGGGGAUCCUGUAAACAUGCAUGUUGGGGUAGUCUCCACUGGCUUUCAUAAACUAAAAGUCAAGGUGACCACGGAGACCAACAGAGUGUCCGACCCGGAGGACAGCAUGACUGAGAUCGUCCAUCAGGGCCUGGACUAUGAGGAGGAGGAAGAGGAGUACAGCAAUCAAGUAAGGCCAAGUUCUGGUGAGCCUCCACUGCUUGAGUUAAAUGCAGUGGACCCCUUUCCAUUUGAACACGGGGGCAGCUCACAAUAA